AUGAACCACAUUGAUUGGCUUUUUACGGCAGUCUAUGCGCACCCUUGCCCUGGCAUCCGCAAAAAUCUUUGGAGUUAUUUAGAUGGGAUUGCUUCGGCCACUAACCUCCCUUGGAUGAUUGCUGGUGACUUCAAUGAGUUGGUUGACAAUUCUGAAAAAUGUGGUGGUAAUCCCAUUUCUCAUGGGAGUGGCCUUGUGGAUUGGAUUGAUAGAAACAAUUUGAUUGAUCUUGGUUUUAUUGGUGCUCAGUUUACUUGGUGCAGGAAAAAUGAGAAUGGUGUCCUCACUUGGGAAAGAUUGGAUCGCGGUCUGUCCAACAUUAACUGGAGACAUCAAUUUCCCGAGGCCUUUGUCAGACACCUCCCUAGAGUCAAGUCUGACCAUUGCCCCUUACUCAUUAGCCUUCAGUCUACUCACCUCCCUUGUGCUACUGCCAAAUCUUUCAGGUUCCAAGCCAUGUGGCUCCUGCACCCUACCUUUCGCAGCUUUGUGGUUGAUAAAUGGGCUAACUUUACUGGAAGUAUCCUCCAAAAAACUCAAGCCAUUUCCUAUGCUCUCACUACUUGGAAUAUGGAAGUGUUUGGGAGCUUAUUUUGA